GUCGACAUUCGCGACACCGCGUAUUCAAUGUCGCAACCUUAUCAAGGUACAAGACGAAGGAAAAACUGUUAGUACACGAUUACCUUCCACUGUGACUGAACGAGCUCUGUGAACGAUAAAGAAUGACAGCAGCAACACUCGUUCAGCCAAGCGGUGAGCUGUGGAAGAAGAUACGCGUGGAACUUAACGAGGAUGUUAACACAAGGGAUCGAGAUCUGCAGCACAUUAAGGAAUGGCUGAGGAAGCAGCCACAUCUGCCUGAUGAGUGGGAUGAGGGACGCAUCAUGACAUUUCUACGAGGUUGCAGUUUCUCCUUAGAGAAGUGCAAACGUAAACUCGACAUGUAUUUCACAAUGCGCGCCGCUUGUCCGGAGUUCUUUUCAAACAGAGAUAUUAGCCGUCCCGACCUUGCCGCUCUUAUAACCAAAGUGCAAGGAGCCCCACUCCCAGGACUGACACCGAAUGGACGUCGAGUCACAAUUUGUAGAGGAUUAGACAUGAAUAUUGACAGCAAUCAAAUAAAUGACGUCUUCAAAAUAGCUCUUAUGAUCGGAGAUGUAAGACUCAAAGAAGAGAAAGAGGGAGUCGGUGGAGAUAUCUAUGUACUGGAUGCCUCUGUUGUGACUCCUGCUCAUUUGAGCAGAGUAUCACCUUCAGCUGUCAAGAAAUUCCUGAUUUGUGUGCAGGAAGCGACUCCAAUAAAGUUGAAGGAAGUUCAUGUUGUCAAUACAUCACCAAUCAUUGAAGCCAUGGUCAACUUCGUGAAACCUUUCCUUAAGGAUAAGAUCAAGAAAAGGAUUUUUAUUCAUUCGGACAUCAAUGAGUUGACCAAGUACAUUCCCAAAGAAAUGAUUCCUGAAGAGUACGGAGGCAAUGGCGGCUCCUUGGAUGAUAUUAAUGAUGCUUGGAGGAAGAAGCUGGAAGAAUACACUGCGUGGUUUAAGAGUGAAGAGUCAGUGAAAGCCAACGAGGCGCUGCGACCAGGGAAACCCACUAACUACGAUGAGCUCUUUGGUAUCGACGGCUCUUUCAGACAACUGACUAUAGAUUAGGAAAAAUGAUCUGUAAAAUAUUAUUAUGUAAUAAAUAAAUAUG